AACUUUUCAUAAAUGAAAUAAUGCAAUCAGAAAUAUUAUACGAGAGUAGAAGAUAGCUGCCAUACAUGUUCAUUUAUUAAUAAGAAAUAUAUAUGAUGCAUUUGCGGGGCACACGUAAUAACGCUUUGGGUCAUUUAUAACGCUCCGCAUGUUUCUGCGCCCUUUCUGAUCUUCUUUUCCACCUUCUCAGCGAAUGUCUUGUGAUUGAAUUCCGUCGGGGAUUCACCGGCAAUAUCGCCUGAACGAUAUCCCAAAAUAGAAAUUCUAGAAUUUCCGGUGCCUAAAAAAGAUCGAAACUUUCUGAAAUUAAUAGGAACCGGUAUGAGCAGCGUGCCUAGCAGUGUUGAGACUGUAAAUGCCGCCGCCACCGCCAUUGUUACAGCCGAGAGCAGAGUUCAGCCAACUUCGAUUCGGAAAAGUGGAUGGGGAAGCAGGUGGAGUCUUUACUGGUGUUUUAGUUCCUACAAACAUAAAACUAAACGGAUUGGUCGCGCCGUCCUUGUUCCUGAACCGGCGGCACCCGCACCCGCAGCUCCAGUGGUUUCUGGGAAUCAAAACCACCCUACCACCACCAUUGUGUUUCCUUUCAUAGCUCCCCCCUCUUCUCCAGCGUCUUUUCUGCAGUCCGACCCUCCCUCGGCAAUCCAAUCACCACCAGGCCCACUCUCUCUUACCGCCGUCCUAUCCAUUAACAACGCAUUUUCCCCAUCCAUGGCAUCCUCAGCCUUUACCAUCGGUCCAUACGCUCACGAAACUCAACUAGUCACGCCACCGGCAUUUUCUGCAGUGACCACAGAACCGUCAACUGCUUGUUACACUCCUCCACCAGAAUCAGCUGGAAUGACGACACCACCCUCGCCAGAAGUCCCAUUCGCUCAGCUUCUGACUUCAUCACUUGCCCGAAACCGCAGAAACAACAAUGUGAGGUUCCCAUUAUCACAGUAUGACUAUCAGCCUUACACCUGCCCAGGGAGCCCGGGCAGCCGCUUCUCUGCCCGAAGGUGGGGUUCAGGAACUUUGACCCCAGUUUCUAGGCUAGGUUCGGGGGCCAUGACACCGAGUAACGGCGGUGAACCUCCCUCACGAGACAGUUAUUAUGUUUUGGACACCCAAAUUUCUGAGGUUGUUUCACUUGCCAACUCCGACAAUGAGUCGGAACACAAUGACGACACUACCCUUCAUCAUAGAGUUUCAUUUGAGUUGACUGGGGGAGAAAUUCCCACCGUGUCGCCACAUAACCAUCCCGAGUCAGCUGAAACCGUUCAACUGUCUGAUCUGGCAAAGGAAGCUGAGUAUUCUUCUUCUGUUCAAGAAAGUAGAAAUGGGAGCGUGAAAGAGGAAGAACAGCAACAUCAUAGGUGGCCUGAGAAGCACCGGAGUGGUGCACUGGAUUUGAUGAGCAAAGACUUUGAUUUUAACAAUGUUAAACCAGAAGUGUUGGACAAGUCCAGCGUUGACUGUGAGUGGUGGACUAGCGUUGACUAUUUCCCAUUUGUGCAGCCUAAAGUCAGCUGACACCAAAUUUGUCAUGGCUAUUGGCCUCAAAAGAAAAAUAACAACAGGUAACUAUUGUGUGUGCCACUUCUGGAACUACAAAUGACAAGUGAAUGAUAUUUCAGAGGGAAAGUUUUUUUUUGUUUUUUUUUUGUUUCAAGCAUGUGAAUAAUCAUAUGUAUACUUGGGAUGUUGAAUAUAUCUUAGCUCUGAGUCAAAGGGAUAUACAAUGGAUUUGUUUGUAGUGAUUGACUGGGAAAUCAGCUCUAGUAUUCUGAUUACUGUGUACACCCUAAGUUAUGUUUAAAUACAGUUGAGAAUUCAUUUGA